AUGCGUCUUUUGCUGGUUGCCCUUUUUAUCGCCUUGGCCGUCACUUUGGCCUUCUCUGAUUGUGCUGAAGGACCAUGCCAGAGCUUCUGCGAGAACAUUUGCCGAGUUUUCAGCCGCAAUUGCACGGAUCACGCUUGCAAAGGAAGAAUCUGUGAAUACCACUGCUCGAAGCCGGGAUUGACCGACCUGCCCAGCAAUGGAGGAUACUUUCAGGUUCAAUUGUAA